AUGGGCAAAAAACGGAAGCGGCCUCAGAAAGCGACUACCCUCCAAGACGUCCCCAUCAACAAACGUCAGAAAUCUGCUUCGGUCUCUUUGACUACCGAACAUCCCGUUCUGUCGAGAUACUAUCGUCGAGUGGUCACACUGAGACAGUAUCUACUAGAAGAGCUCCCAUCAUCGUCAAAGGCGAGACGACGUCAGAUUACGUCUGCGGGGAAACGAGACGAGAACAAUAAAACAGACUUGGCUGCCUCUAAAAUUGCAGCACCAUCUCAGGAUCACGCCGAUAGUGGGAUUGAUUUUGCCCGAUUCCUAGAUUCCACUCUCGUAGGACUACUGCACUGUCCAAGUCCGGCGGAAUUGGAUGCUCGCCAAAGAGAGUUCGCCAUCUUUUCACAGUCGGAAGAACGGCCACUUCUAGGCACGGACACAGGACCAUGCAAUCAUCAAUCCGAGAUUGUUGAUUAUGUUCUCCGUCAUCUGUUCAACAGAAGCAACAAACCCCAUCAUGUCUUGGCAAAUGGGUUCAGUCUUGCGACCCGGCGUCAACCUGACCGUGGAAUUGGAGGAUUGACCUCCAAUAUUCCCGGAAUGGUAUCACAAAUGCCCAAUCCCCAUGUGAUCGCUCUCAAGACAAGCCCAUGGACCGAUGUUUUGAGUCUCCUCGGUGGUGAUGGAGAGGACAUCAUGGGCAAGCUUCUAAUUGACUGUGGCGUGUUUUCUUGUGUUGACGAAGAGAAAGCUGCUUAUCGUCAAAUAAGUGGCACGCAUCUUUUCGAAUUGGAGCCCCUAAAGUUGGAGGAUGCGCUCAAGAACCAACGGCCUGAGACCGCUCAAGCUGGAACUAUUUCCAAAACACCCAACGAGUCAGCGGACGUACUUCACAAGCCGAACAGUAUCGUCUUCGUUCGCCGUCGAAUGCUUUAUGCUCGCCCCGCCAUCAAUUCAAAGGGUGGUGUAAGGUUUGGACUCCGACAUAUUCACGUCCUGAAUAGAUUUCCCAACUCGAACAAUCUUACGGAUACAGUUCAUGUGAUGAAAUACAUAUUUCCCCGGCAGUUCGGGCUGCACAAUGUAUUCACAUCCGUAGUCGACUCUCGGGAGACAGUGCAACCAUUCAAAGACUAUACUCUAAGAGAAGAGGAAAUUGCUCGCUCCAAAGUUGGACAAGGAUCUCUAUUUCAGCAAGUGAGACCCAAGAUACCGAAAAGGCUUCGGGGAGGCCCGCUACACUUAGUGCAGAGAUUGCAAAAACACAGCCAGAUAUGUUCUUAUACAGAAUUACUGAGACACUAUUGUCCGGUUUCUGAAACAGAGCCCUCGAAAUUUGGGCCCAUGCCAUCCUCAACACCAGAAAAUUAUUCUCAACAGUUUGUGACUCAGAUAACCCUACAAAGUCAUCCAACAAACCAGCCAAAUGGAGCAGAGAUGAAGUUGCCGGAUGCAACAGCUUCCGGUGCUGAAAGUAAAGGGAACACCUCACGAAAAGUGUGUCUUUUAGAUUACGCGACACCUACCUCAUCUGUUUCUGCGUUUUGUCGGGCGACACUACGAAAAUUGAUCCCACGAGAGUUCUUUGGCGAAGGACAAGACGGCAUAUUGAACCAGCGGGCGUUGAUGCAUCAAGUUGAUCGAUUCAUCCGGAUAAGUCGAUUCGAAAGUUUUUCACUUCACGAAGUUUGUAAUGGGUUCAAGAUAACUUCCUUGCGAUGGCUAGAACCUCCAUCUUGCUCGUCUUCAAACGGCCAGCGUAUUGCUCUAUCCGAUCUGCGUAAACGAACUGAGAUCUUUCACGAAUUUAUUUAUUACAUCUUCGACUCUUUACUCAUACCCUUGAUUCGCACCAACUUUUACGUGACAGAAUCCCAGGUUCACAAGAAUAGACUGUUCUAUUUCCGCCAUGAUGUAUGGCGAAGCUUGAUUGAAAAGCCUUUGACUGACAUCAAAUCUUCCAUGUUCGAGGAGAUUAAACGCGACAGGGUCAGCCGGGUAUUGCAGUCUAAGCAAUUAUCAUGGAGCGCUGUGCGAUUGCUACCAAAAGCCACCGGAGCUCGUCCAAUCAUCAACCUUCGGCGACGAGUUGUAAAGCAUAUUGGCAAUCAUUCAUAUCUAGGACCCAGCACCAACUCCAUCAUGACUCCAGUUUUUAACAUGCUUUCUUACGAAAAGGAUCGUAACCCGGAGUUACUCGGUUCGUCUAUGUUCUCGGUUAGUGAUAUGUAUCCGCGUUUGAAAGCCUUCAAAGAUCGAUUGAUGCGCUCUGAGAGUGAGGGCUAUCGAAACAGGAGGUUUUAUUUUGUCAAGUUGGAUAUCCAAUCAUGCUUCGACACAAUUCCUCAGGAGCGCCUAGGAAAGCUCAUCGAGAAUAUUGUCUCUCAGGAGAAGUAUCAUAUCUCAAAGCAUGUACAGAUCAGACCAGGGGAUAGUAUUAACAACAGCCAUGAUUUGUUGCAAAAGCCUGAAACAGCUCAAAAGACAAUCGCCAAACCAAUCCGCAGAUUCCUCAGUAAGGCCAACGCGCUGAGCGAGGUAUGGAACAAUCCUGCUACAUCCACAGAUGGAGUCAAACCUUUACACCGAAACACGAUCCAGGUGGAUACGGCAAACUUCAAGAAUCAUAACAAAAACGCACUGCUCGACCUUUUGGACGAACAUAUCCAGAAUAAUCUUGUCAAGAUUGGCAAGAAAUACUUUUAUCAAAAGAAUGGCAUCCCACAAGGGUCUGUUCUCUCUAGCCUGCUUUGCAAUUUUUUCUAUGGGGAGCUUGAACGGGAAGUGCUAGAUUUCCUCAAAGACGAUGAAACACUUUUACUACGACUUAUUGACGAUUUUCUACUAAUAACAACUAGACCGGGGCUUGCUAAAAGAUUCCUAGAGGUCAUGCUGAACGGUCAGCCGGAAUAUGGCAUCACAGUCAAUGCUAGCAAGAGUCUUGUCAACUUCGAAGCUACUAUCAAUGGGACGAAGAUGCCUCGCCUGGAGGGAAGUGCUUGUUUUCCAUACUGUGGAAACUUGAUCAAUACGCAUACAUUGGACAUACACAAAGACCGCGACUAUGGUCGCGGUGGGCGGGUGGAUGUUUCGGAUACGCUUACAGUGGAAUCCAGUCGGCUGCCGGGCCAGACUUUUCACCGCAAAGUUCUGUUCUCAUUUCGACUUCAGACUCAUAGCAUGUUUCUGGAUACCAGGCACAACACUCUGCGAACUGUUUUGACGGGCAUAUAUUCGAGUUUUGUGGAGACGGCAAUCAAGAUGUAUCGAUAUAUCAAGACAUUGCUCCCACGUUUGCGUCCUUCGCAAGAGCUCGUGCUUCAGACUAUUCGAGAUGUAAUCCAGUUUGCGAACAAACUCAUUCAGUCCAAGCGGCUAACAACGACGAAACCUGCUGUUAAAGUUACCAACACAAGUGAAGUCGAGCCGCAGACAUCUACACUCGACUUUCAGUGCGCGGUAUCGCCCAGUCAGAUAGAGUACCUAGGUGCAGCGGCAUUCCGACAUGUCUUGGCCCGAAAACAGACAAGCUACGCAUCUACACUACAAGGACUACAGCAUAUCAUCACGCGCACUAAACCGCAAACAGAUAAAGAAAUGGUUCGUAUGCGAUGGAUUACCAGAGAGGCGAACAAGAUGUUUGACAAUUGGAGGUAUUGA